AUGCCAUCUCCACAACCUGUAUCGCAUCAGAAACAGCAGUCAUCUUCACGAUUAUUAAUGAUACGUCCAGCAUGUUUCACGUUUAAUUUAGAAACAGCUAUUUCAAAUGCAUUUCAAAACAAAACUUAUGCAUCGGCCAAUGAAGAACUCCAACAACAAGCACUCACUGAAUUUAAUACUAUGAUUCAGCAAAUAAAGGAUCUUGGUAUACAUGUUGAUGUUAUCGAUGAUACAAAUACACCCGUCAAACCUGAUGCCAUAUUUCCUAAUAAUUGGAUAUCAACACAUAGUGAUGGUACAAUCAUUUUGUAUCCAAUGUUAGCUGAGAGUCGUCGCUUGGAACGUCGAAAAGAUAUUGUUGAUCAACUAUGUAAAAUGUAUUAUGUUACGGCUAUUAUUGAUUUAAGUUGUUUUGAGAAACGUAACAUGUUUUUAGAGGGUACUGGUUCACUUGUUCUAGAUAGACAAAAUGGUUUAGCAUAUGCAAUAAGAUCCCCACGAACACAUGAACAACCAUUGAAAAAAUUUGAACAAUUAACUGGUUACAAAGUAAUUUUAUUUGACAGCGUGGAUCAGGACAACCGUCCCAUUUAUCAUACAAAUGUCAUGAUGACCAUUGGCACAAAUAUUGCUAUUAUCUGUUUAAGUUCAAUUAUUGAUGAAAAUCAACGUUCAGAAGUUGUAAACUGGUUAAAACAAACAAAUAAAAUAAUUGUCGAUAUCACUUUUGAACAAAUGAACAAAAAUUUUGCUGGAAAUAUGCUUGAGAUAUGUAAUGAUGAUGGAAAAAAAUAUUUAGCCAUGUCAAAAUGUGCAUUUCAAUCAUUGAACGAAGAACAAAUAAAAAUUAUCACACAACAAGAAAAUUUAACAAUCGUUAAUUUUGAUAUAAACACUAUUGAACAAUGUGGUGGUGGAAGUGUAAGAUGUAUGAUUGCUGAAAAUUUUUUAAUUUAA